AUGAAGCUCUCUGGGCUCAUUGCGCUCGUACAGCUGUGUGCCGCAGCCCUGGCUGCGGAUACCGCCGCUUGGAAGGCGCGCAACAUCUACUUCGCGCUUACCGAUCGUAUCGCUCGAAGCAGCAGCGAUGGCGGAGGUGGCUCGUGCGGCGACCUGGGCAACUACUGUGGCGGCACAUUUCAAGGUCUGCAGUCCAAGCUCGACUACAUCAAGGGUCUCGGCUUCGACGCCAUCUGGAUCACACCGAUUGUUGCAAAUAGCGAUGGAGGCUACCAUGGAUACUGGGCCCAGGACUUGUACACGGUCAACUCCAAGUACGGGUCCGCAGAUGACCUGAAGAGCCUUGUAAAUGCGGCUCACGACAAGGGCAUUUACAUCAUGGUCGACGUCGUCGCCAACCACAUGGGCAAUGCCAACCUUGCCGACAACAAGCCCACUCCGCUAGAUCAGGCAUCGUCCUACCAUCCAGCCUGCGACAUCGACUACUCUAAUCAGAGCAGCAUUGAGAACUGCCGCAUUGGGGGCCUCCCAGAUGUCGAUACGCAGGACCCUACCAUCAGGAAGCUCUACCAGUCCUGGGUCAGUUGGCUCAUCUCCGAGUUUGGCUUCGACGGAGUGCGCAUAGACACUGUCAAGCACGUUGAGAAGGACUUUUGGCCCGACUUUGCCUCGGCAGCUGGCGUCUACACAAUUGGCGAGGUCUUUGACGGGAACCCUGACUACCUUGCCGGCUACGCGGGCCUCAUGUCGGGUCUGCUCAAUUACGCCAUCUAUUAUCCGCUCAAUAACUUUUACCAGCAAAAGGGCUCAUCGCAGGCCCUCGUCGAUAUGCACGACACCGUGAGCCAAAAGUUCCCGGACCCUGCUGCGCUGGGCACGUUCCUGGACAACCACGACAACCCACGGUGGCUGAACCAGAAGAAUGACCAGGUCCUGCUACGCAACGCGCUGACAUACGUCCUCCUCGCUCGCGGAGUACCGAUUCUCUACUACGGUACUGAGCAAGGCUACGCCGGCGGCGCGGAUCCGGCAAACCGAGAGGACCUCUGGCGCAGCGGAUUCGCUACCGAUGGAGCCAUGUACAAAUUUAUAGCCGCGGUAGCGGGAGUGCGCAAGAGCGCCGGCGGACUACCUGACAACGAUCACGUCCACCUCUACGUCGCAGACACCGCGUAUGCGUGGAGUCGCGCCGGCGGCAAGGUCAUUGCGCUGACGAGCAACGGCGGGAAGUCGCAGCAGUACUGCUUCAAUUCUCAGAAACAGAACGGGUCGUGGAAGGGAGCGCUGGAUGGCAAGACGUAUACGUCGGACGGAAGCGGACAGCUGUGCGCCGAUGUGGUCAAUGGAGAACCAAUUGUUCUGGUUUCUCAAUGA